UCGGCCAUGAGUGUCGUACGUCAACGUACUAAAGUGUUCACAUUAGUAUUGCUGCUGGCGAGUUCGGGCUCGGGGCUGCUCUGCUACAACGGCACGCUCACGUCCUCGCGGUUCGGGGACGACCCCCUGAGCGCGGAGUCCCUGGUCGGCGGGGGCGUGGGACUCGUGCGGCUGCGGUGCGCUAUGACGAUACGGUGUGAAGAAAAUGCCAUGUGCUUCGUGCGCUCCUGGUCGGCGCGCGCUAAACACGCGUGGCUGGUGCAGCGCGGCUGCUACAAGUCCAGCCCCGACGACCCGCUGCCGCGCAUUGUGCGCAGCCCCACCAGGGCCAUGUCGUGUAAACGAGAGAGGUACAAAGACGCCGAAUACAAUGUUUGCCUCUGCCAAGCGGACUGGUGCAACUCUGCGAAGUGGGACCUGCCACUCCAUGUGACCACCUUGGUCGGGUUAGCGAAUGUGUUACGCUGCUUAUAUCUGCCAUAAUCAUUAAAUUAAUACAGAUUAAGA